CACGAAACAACUUUGACCCGACAAACGCACACAGUGGCCCAGCGCCAGCAACGACAAGAUGAGGGUCAUCGAAGUCAUUAUCGACGGCUUCAAGUCGUAUGCCGUGCGCACCGUCAUCUCGGGCUGGGACGAGAGCUUCAACUCCAUCACUGGUCUGAACGGUAGUGGCAAGUCCAACAUCCUCGACGCAAUAUGUUUCGUUCUCGGCAUCACCAACAUGACGACGGUCCGCGCCCAGAACCUGCAAGACCUCAUCUACAAGCGCGGCCAGGCCGGUGUGACCAAGGCCUCGGUGACCAUCGUCUUUGACAACAAGGACAAGGCCAAGUCGCCCAUCGGUUUCGAAGACUAUCCCACCAUCUCAGUCACUCGCCAAAUCGUUCUGGGUGGCACCUCCAAGUACCUCAUCAAUGGACAUCGCGCUCAGCAAACCACUGUCCAGAACCUGUUCCAGUCGGUCCAGUUGAACAUCAACAACCCCAACUUCCUCAUUAUGCAAGGUCGCAUUACAAAAGUUUUGAACAUGAAGAAGGAGGAAAUUCUUGGGAUGGUCGAGGAAGCUGCAGGCACACGUAUGUUCGAGGAUCGCAGAGACAAGGCUUUCCGCACCAUGGCCAAGAAAGAAAUGAAGGUCCAGGAGAUCAUGGAACUUCUGCGCGACGAAAUCGAACCCAAGCUGGAGAAAUUGCGACAAGAGAAGAGAGCCUUCCUCGACUUCCAACAGACACAAAAUGAUCUGGAACGCCUGACGCGACUGGUCGUGGCUUAUGACUAUCUCAAGAGCAAGGAGAAGCUUCGCCUAAGCGAAAAGGACCUGAACGACAAGAGAGAGCGAGCUCUGUUCCUCGAGAGCAACGCAGAGAAGCUGAAGAACGAGAUCGCCUUUUUGCAAGAAGACAUGGACAAGGUCAAGGCCGCAAGAGACAAGGAGUUGAGGAAAGGCGGUAAAUUCCAGGCUCUGGAGGACAAGGUCAAGGAACACUCGCACGAGCUGGUCAGACUGACCACUGUCCUCGAUCUCAAGAAGUCAAGCAUGACCGAAGAAAGCGAAAACCGCGCAAAGAGCCAGGCAACCCUCCAAGAACUCGGCAAACAACUCGAAGAAAAAUCUCACCUGCACAAACAACUCCAGGAGAGAUAUGAUGCUGCAAACGCCGAGCUACAGAAACAGACUGCCGAGGUCGAGCAAAAGGAGGAGCUUUUGCAGACAUUACAAACUGGUGUUGCCUCAAAAGAAGGCCAAGAGGGUGGUUAUCAGGGCCAGCUGCAAGAUGCUCGCAACCGACUCAGUGCAGCCUCCACCGAACAGGAACAAGCAAAGCUCAAGAUCUCGCAUCUGGAGAAGCGGUUGAAAGAGGAUGAGCCUCGUGCAAAAAAGGCCGAGAAGGAAAAUGCUGGCCUAUUGAAGGAAUUGGAUGGCUUGCGCUCACAUGCUAAGAAGCUAGAAGCCGAGCUCUCAAAAAUUGGCUAUGAGGCUGGUAGGGAGGAGGCCAUGCACAAAGAGCAAUCACAGCUGCAACAACGCAUUCGCGAGCUAAAAGAGCAAGCUGAUGGCCUCAAAAGAAGAGUCGCGAACAUCGACUUCAGCUACAGCGACCCGACGCCCAACUUUGACCGUUCCAAGGUCAAGGGUCUGGUAGCGCAGCUAUUCGCUCUGGACAAAAACUUCACUCAAGCAGGAACAGCUCUCGAAAUCUGUGCCGGGGGCCGCUUAUACAAUGUUGUAGUCGACAGCGCGCAAACAGGUACACAAUUGCUCCAGAACGGCAAGUUGAAGAAGCGAGUCACCAUCAUUCCCCUCAACAAGAUUUCUGCCUUCAGAGCUGCAUCGGAGAAAAUUGGUGCUGCAAGAAACAUGUCGAACAACAAGUGCGACCUUGCUCUUAACCUCAUCGGAUAUGAAGAAGAAGUUAAUGCCGCUAUGGAGUACGUCUUCGGAAACACAUUAAUCUGUGAAGAUGCCGCCACAGCAAAGAAGGUCACUUUCGAUCCUGCUGUCCGCAUGAAGAGUGUCACAUUAGAGGGCGAUGUCUACGAUCCUUCAGGAACACUGUCUGGUGGUAGCUCUCCAAAGACAAGUGGUGUACUUGUGACCCUUCAGCAGUUGAACGAGAUCACAAGGGAACUCGACGCAAGACAGGCAUCGUUGAACCAGCUGCGGUCGACCAUGAAACAAGAGAAGCAGAAGCUCGAUGCCGCGAGACAAUUCAAGCAGCAGCUUGAUCUCAAGGGUCAUGAAAUUUCACUUGCUGAGCAGCAAAUUAACGGCAACUCGUCGUCUUCAAUCAUUCAAGCAAUUGCCGACACAAAAGCUGGCAUCAUUGAUUUGAAGCAAAGUAUAGUAGAGGCCAAAUCACGCCAGGAUGAAGCCGCCAAGGAAGUCAAGCGAAUCGAAAAGGAUAUGAAUGAUUUCAACAACAACAAGGACAGCAAGCUCGUGGAACUGCAAGCGGCGCUUGAUAAGCUCAAGAAGUCGCUUAGCAAAAACUCUGCUUCGAUCAGACCUUUGCAGCAGGAAGUGAGAGAUGCCAUGCUCGAAGCGGAGCAAUGUGGCAGCGAUCUUGCAGCCGCUCAAGAGCAAUUCCAAGACGCCGAAGUUAAUCUCAAGACGCAACAAGAGGAAUUGAAGUCGUUGAUGACCGAAGGACAAGCGGUAAAAGACGCGCACGACUAUGCUCAAGCACAACUCGACGACGAGCGCAAAAAGCUUUCGGGCUACGACACUGAACUUGCAGACCUUGAAAAGGCCUCGCGAUCCAAGUCUGCACAGAUUACCGAGGAGGGUCUGGAAGCACAAAAGCUUGGUCAUCAAAUCGAAAACUUCUCGAAGCAGCAACAAGCUGCACGCCAGACGCUGCAAACAAUGGAGAAAGAGCACGAAUGGAUAGCUGACGAGAUCGACUCGUUUGGCCGACCCAAUACACCUUACGACUUCAACGGUAUGAACAUGACUGAGAGCAAACGCUCACUCGCCGGUCUCUCCGAACGCUUCCAAGGAAUGAAGAAGAAAAUCAACCCAAAGGUCAUGAACAUGAUUGAUAGCGUGGAGAAGAAAGAAGCUGCGUUGAAGAACAUGAUGCGCACUGUCAUUCGUGACAAGAAGAAGAUCGAGGAGACGAUCGCUCAACUGGACGAGUACAAGAAGGAAGCCCUGCACAAGACAUGGAGCAAGGUCAAUGUCGACUUUGGUAACAUCUUCAAUGAACUGCUACCAGGUGGCAACACAGCGAAACUGGACCCACCAGAAGACAGUGGCGACAUUUCCAAAGGUCUCGAGGUCAAGGUCUGUCUCGGAAAAGUGUGGAAGCAAUCGCUCACCGAACUUUCUGGUGGUCAACGCUCUCUCAUCGCAUUAUCCCUUAUUCUCGCUCUGCUUCAAUAUUCACCCGCACCCAUGUAUAUUUUGGAUGAGGUCGACGCUGCGCUGGAUCUGUCACAUACACAAAACAUCGGUCGCCUGAUCAAGACGAGGUUCAAGGGCAGUCAGUUCAUCGUUGUCAGUUUGAAGGAUGGCAUGUUCCAGAAUGCGAACCGCAUCUUCAAGACGAGGUUCUCCGAUGGUACCUCUGUGGUCCAAUCGCUCACGCCUGCGGACCUCAAGUAGGAGCCUCCUGCCGCAGUCCAUUUUCGUAUUCUCUUGUGCUUUUUGGAGGUUGUUUUGGUUCAUGUCUUGUCGACCCGUUCAGGAAAUUUGUUGUUUGACAGGUCGUGGAGUUUUGGGUUGGCUUUGUGAGAAGAGAGAUAUCCCGUUGUAAAUUCUAGAUAUGCACUUUUACGUUUUCUUGUUCAUCAAUCAACGCACCCUGUACUGCUGGACCUUCCGUGCUUGGCUUUCGGGCAACUGUGGUUUGUUCAUCUUAUGUACG